AGUCACUGCACAUGCGCAAAGACUUGACUGAAGCCGUCUCAACAUGGCGCUGGCAAAGACCGUGUACAAUCUUCUCUUCAGGAGAACGUCCACUUUCGCCGUGACCAUCAUGGUUGGAGCUGUCUUCUUUGAGCGGAUAUUCGAUCAAGGCGGCGAUGCUAUAUUUGAGCAAAUGAAUCGUGGGAAACUAUGGAAACACAUCAAGCAUAACUACGAGAACAAAGACGAGUAAAGAGGGGACGCAGGCCGGUAUGUCAUUCGUCCACGUUCCAUCGACCCUGGACUCAAAUGCCGAACAACAAUACAACCAUGGACUGACUGUGCUCCCAAGUGAGGCGAAAAUUGUGACCAUACUACCCUCAAGAUGGAGCAAUAGACCCUUGUCACAUCAUGAUCCAUAUUCCUGUCAUUUGUUAAUUCUUUUGUCAUCCUCGCAUGUUGUAAAUUGUUAAAUUAAACCUGUCAAUGUCAUA